AUGGGUGUCACCGGUCUCUGGACCGUUCUCCAGCCCUGCGCCCGCCCCAUCAAGAUCGAAACGCUGAACAAGAAGCGCCUCGCCGUGGACGCCUCCAUCUGGAUCUACCAGUUCCUCAAAGCCGUGCGCGACAAAGAGGGCAAUGCGCUCCGCAACUCCCACAUCGUCGGGUUCUUCCGCAGAAUAUGCAAGCUCCUCUUCUUCGGCAUCAAGCCCGUCUUCGUGUUUGACGGCGGUGCACCGGCGCUCAAGCGGCAGACCAUCAACAACCGCAAGUCGAGAAGGGAGGGCAGGAGGGAAGAUGCAGUGCGCACGGCUGGAAAGCUGCUGGCGAUGCAAAUGCAGAGGGUCGCUGAGGAGGAGGAGAAGAAGCGCAAGGAGGCUUCACGUCGCCCGCGACAAGAGGUAGACGAGGAAGAGGAAAUACCCGAGGACCUAGUCUACGCGGAGGAGGUCAUACAAACCCAGCAGGAGCGCCUUGCGAAUCGCACGUUCAAGCGCAAAGAUCAAUAUCAUCUCCCAGACCUCGGCACCUCGAUCGCGGAAAUGGGCGGCGCCGAUGAUCCGCGCAUCAUGAGCCUGGAGGAGUUGGAGCAUUAUGCGCGCCAGUUCGAUAGCGGCGAGGAUAUCAAUGUAUAUGAUUUCUCCAAAAUCGACUUCGACGGAGCUUUUUUUACGAGCUUGCCUGACUCGGAUCGAUACAACAUCCUUAAUGCUGCACGACUGAGAAGUAGGCUGAGAUUGGGGUACUCGAAGGAACAGCUCGAUGUUAUGUUCCCCGAUCGCAUGGCGUUCUCCAGGUUCCAGAUUGAGAGAGUGAAGGAGAGAAACGAUCUUACGCAACGGCUAAUGAACAUCAACGGAAUGGUCGACGAUUCUGGGUUUGGUGCUGGUGCUGCUAGUCGCGUUGCUAGCGACAAGGCACGGGAGUAUGUUCUGGUGAAGAACGACAGCGUAGAGGGAGGAUGGGCACUUGGCGUGGUCACGAACCGUGACGAGGGCAAAGCAAAUAAACCAAUCGACGUGGAUAACAUCCCGGUUCAGAACCUCGAUGAAGAUGAUGAAUGGGAAGAGGAAGACGAAUUCGAAGAUGUGCCGAUUGAGGGCUUGAAUCGCUUGCCGAAACCACCGCCUGGCAUGACCGUCCGCGAUCGCGAAGCCCAAGACUUCAUCUCAGAAGAACUUACACGGCGACGUCGGAAAUUUUAUGCUUCGCGCAAAGUAAAGUCAUCGAGGCCUACCGCCCCCAGACCAGCGAGACUAGCGAACCUAGCCCAAGACCCCGACUCGCUUUUUCUGGCGCCAGGCGACGAGCAGGAACAAGAAUGGGAGGACGCAUUACCUGUUGAUGAGGAUGAUGCCGAGGGCGAGCCCGCAGGAGACGACGAAGAAGAGCGACAGCUGCAGCAGGCGAUCGCGAUGUCGAUGCAGCACAAUGGCACAACGGAAGAGCAUGAGUCGGAAGAAGAAGACAUAUACCGCGAGGUAUUCCAACAGGAACGGGCGAAGGAGACAAACCCUUUUGCGGGCACUAGGGGCUCCGGCAUGGCUAUCGCAAGAUUGGCAAAUCAAAGAGCCAACAAAGUUGCUCCUGUACCUAGGCCAUUCACGGGCAGCGAUAGCGAAGAUGACGGUAUAGAUCUACAAGCAGCGCUCGCUGAGUCUAGAAAGUCGAAGCAGCAGCCUACCUCAACCCAGGCUGCAUCAAGACCGCCACCGAAGGCCGCUCCACCUGCGCCCAAUCCCAAGCCUGUCAAAUCGACAAAUGCACCUGGGUUUGACGGCCCACUACCUUUUGAGAGGCUCAAUCUGGGAAAUUCACUCCUGGGAAAAAAGAAGAUGGAGAAGCUUGAAGCCGAGAAUGCAGGUGGCUUUGAAAAGGACACAGGAGAUCAGAAAACGAAAGAGGAUGCACCGCUCCCGCCAUGGUUUAGCGGUGGCGAGCGAAACAUCGAGGAAGAGCUAAAAGCGAAUCGAGAGGAAGCGAAGAAGGAAUGGGAGCAAACACGCAAAGAACAGGCCGAGAUGUAUCAGUUUCAAGAACUACCGCGUCUUCGCAAGCACGACACGCACGAAGUGGUUGACUUGGAAGCCGAGGGUACGCACGAGGAGCUGGCGGAAGUUCUCACGGUCCAACCAGAUGACGAUGACGAUGCUGAGAUGGAGGACGUUGUGAUCGUGGACUCCAAGCUGCACAUGGGUGAUCUGGCCGACAAGGUUCGAGCGGAGCCCCCUCAGCCACCAAGAGAAGACCGACCGUCACUAUCGAAGCAAGGCAACUCGCUGCUUGGCAAAGGUCCCUUCGCAGAAGAUUCAGACGAGCCCAUCGAGUGGUCAGAAAGCGAGCCUGAGGAUGAGCGACGGCAGCAGACGCAGCAGCAAGCCAAACUGCCAUCACCUCAAGCAUCUAAAGAACCUUCAAAAUCCCCGUCUCCUGAAUUUGAAGAUGUGCCGAUAGGGACCGCUCCUACUAGGCCAACCCUAGUUAACUGCCCAGCAGCUGCUACAUCGCCUUCUCCUGAAUUUGAAGACGUGCCCAUAGAGCCCGCGCGAGCUACUCGCCGCCGCCGCUCGCUAUCACCCUUUGUCCUGGGUGGCGCCGACGAGCUCGAAGCACCGAUCGUACCAUACAGUGGCACGGCCGAUGACAAUGCCCCCAUCGACAUCCCAGACGACGGCUCCGACCAAUAUUCAGACCCUGAAGACGCGGAACUCUUUGCCUCUCUAGCCGCUGAAGGCGAAGAGCAUGCUCGAUUCGCGCAAGAGCUCACCAACAGUUCGCGCCCUCGCGUCAAUUUUGACGAAGAACUCAAGCAAUUGCGCGCACAGCAGAAGAAGGAUCGCCGUGAUGCCGACGAGGUGACGCAAACCAUGGUCGCAGAAUGCCAACAUUUGCUCACCCUCUUCGGACUACCCUAUAUCACCGCACCCAUGGAAGCCGAAGCGCAGUGUGUAGAGCUCGUACACCUCGGCCUCGUCGACGGCAUCGUGACCGAUGACUCGGACACCUUCCUCUUCGGCGGCACCCGCGUCUAUAAGAACAUGUUCAACGCCGCCAAAUUCGUCGAAUGCUACCUCGCAUCCGACCUCAGCAGCGAAUUCGCCCUUACGCGCGAGAAGCUCAUCGACAUCGCACAGCUCCUCGGCAGCGACUACACGACUGGCAUACCGGGCAUUGGCCCCGUCACCGCGCUAGAGCUCCUCUCCGAAUUCGAAAACCUGCCAGAUUUUAGAGAGUGGUGGGAUGGCGUCCAGGGCGGCACCAUUCCCAAAGAUGCCGACAAGAAUUCCCAGUUCCGCCGCCGCUUUCGCCGCUCCCAGGCUACGAAGCUGUUUUUGCCCCCAGGUUUUCCUGACCCGCGUGUCAAGGAGGCGUAUCUCAAGCCUGAGGUCGACAGCGACCCCAUGCCGUUUCAGUGGGGCAUGCCCGAUCUCGAUGCGUUGAGGUCCUUUCUGAGUAGUCAGAUUGGGUGGAGUGCGGAGCGCACUGAUGAGGUGUUGGUCCCGGUGAUCAAGGACAUGGCGAGAAGAGAGAAGGAGGGUACGCAGAGUAACCUUACGAGGUUUUUUGAGGGGGGUGUUGGGGCAGGGGCUUUUGCGCCGAGGGUUAGGGGCGCGGUGGGAGAGCAGAGAGGGAAGGGGGCUGCGGGGAAACGGCUGGGUGCUGCAUUGACGAGGUUGGCUCAGAGGGAGAAGGGGGGUGGAGUGGAUGUGGAUAGUGCUGUUGGAGAAGGGGGACAAGGUGGGCAGAUUGGAGAGGCUGAGAUAGAGGCGGAUGGGAAUGCGUCGACGCAUGGUGGGAUGAAACGGAGGCGUAGAGGUGGGAAGAAAGCUGCUGCUGAAGUGCAAGACGAGGUUGGUGGGCAGGAGGACGGUGAUGAGGAUGAAGCCUACCUCGAGCCGAUGAAGAAGAGAACAAGGAAGACGAGGAAGAAAUACUAGCCAGAACACCUGUCAUCAACGACAUCACAAAUCCGU